UGAUGUGACUUGAUAUGUGUGUGCUGUCCCAGAUUUUUCUGUCUGGUUCCCAGACUUAUGCUGUGACAAGAGCGGGUGGCCGCCGCAUUCCCCUGCCAUAGAGGCUGAGGCCCCUCCUGGCACAGGCAGUGGAGGGCAGCUGUGCCAGCACUGGGCUGUCAUGAGCUGUGGCGCACACGCCAUCCUUCAUAAAAAUCGCUGAGGAGGCUGAAUUGCAAGUGCCCCCUUUGCCCCAUCUCUACUUCAAAGGGCGCUGAUAUCUUCAUUAAAAUUAAUAAGAAUCACGCACCUGCUGCGAGCUGCCCGCCCGCUCCUAUCCUCCUGCGUGUCUGGAGGACAAAUGGGAGCCACCCCACUUCUCGUUAGAGUAAUAGGCUGUAAGGACGGCAAGUCACAAUGGCUCCUGGCAUCCUGAGUGUCUCAGUGAGCUUCUCCGCUUAAAGGCACAGGCUCUAGACAUGUCUCAGCACAGCUGACCUAGUGUGUAUACUGCAUAAAGCUUAAUGUCCUGUGGUCCUGUGGAGCAGCCAGAAGACCUUCCCGGAAGUAGGAAGGAAGUGCAAGCUUUUGUGGGAAUCUCCUCCUGCAGGAAGUUUAGCUUUGUAACUGGGACUCCACUCUGCCCAUGGAGCUAAAAGAAGUCUGUGACCAAAAUGGAGGAUGGGCAGAUAGUUUAGAUGUCAUAGAGGUUUGUAUCCCUUAUUUUUCCUCAACACACCCAAAUGCUAGUAUAUUCCUAGCAUCAUCAGCAGCAGCAUUAGCAGCAGCAGCAGCAGCAGCAGCAGCAGCAGCAGCAGCAGCAGCAGCAGCAGCAGCAGCAGCAGCAACAGCAACAGCGACUGAUCCCAUGUGAAGUUAUGAUGGUAGAGGGUCAGGAGACAUGGGGGACAAAGGACAGAAAGGCACUGUGGGCCGCCAUGGAAAAAUUGGUCCCAUUGGCGCAAAAGGUGAAAAAGGAGAUUCUGGUGAUAUCGGACCCCCUGGCCCCAGUGGAGAACCUGGUAUUCCAUGUGAGUGCAGUCAGCUGAGGAAGGCUAUUGGGGAGAUGGACAACCAGGUCACUCAACUGACAACUGAGCUAAAAUUCAUAAAAAAUGCACUGCCCUCCCCUGCAGCUGUUGCUGGCGUGCGCGAGACUGAGAGCAAGAUCUACCUGCUGGUGAAGGAGGAGAAGCGGUACGCAGAUGCCCAGCUGUCCUGCCAAGCCCGAGGCGGCACACUGAGCAUGCCCAAAGACGAGGCAGCCAAUGGCCUGAUGGCUUCAUACCUGGCACAGGCUGGCCUGGCCCGAGUCUUCAUCGGUAUCAAUGACCUGGAGAAAGAAGGUGCUUUCGUGUACUCGGACCGCUCCCCCAUGCAGACCUUCAACAAGUGGCGCAGUGGAGAGCCCAACAACGCCUAUGAUGAGGAGGACUGUGUGGAGAUGGUGGCCUCAGGUGGCUGGAAUGAUGUGGCCUGCCACAUUACCAUGUACUUCAUGUGCGAGUUUGACAAAGAGAACUUGUGAGAGCCGACAGGGGAGAUGGCCAUCUGAACGCCACCUUUUAUAGACACCAGCGGCCACAAACUAACCCUGAGCACCAGUCGCCAUGUCUGCGGGUUCCUCUCUGCAUGGAAGUGCCGGGCCUCAUUGACAGUUGGAAGGGCUGUUUGAACCGUAGGAGGGGAGAAACCUUGCUUCCGGGGCUGUUCUGAAUAGGUGGCGUAUUAUCACCUUUGUCAGACGUUCAUUAUGGCUAACCACUCGGAAGGAUGCUGUGAAGCUCUUGUCUUGGUCCAGCAUAGUAAAUUUUGCAGCAGUCAUCAAACUGGCUAUAGGGGCAGGAGUUGCCGCCCACCCUAUAAAGUACACAGAGUGCCCAGGUGGUGACCAAUGUUUCUAUAGGUUAUGCUAUCACAUAGAUUCCUUUCACUAUUAUCCGGGUAGGAAGACUGCUGCUCUGCUUCACAUCCAUAUUUCAGGAAAACAAAUAAAUCCUCUGAUUUCUGCUA